GGAGACGGACGAAUCGUUUUGUCGAAGCGCCUCCUGUCAGGCUGCAAGGGCUAUUAAUAGACAGAUUUAGUUUCUAGUUACCCAGUUAAGCAGCAACUCUCGGAGGCAUCAUAUAUACUUUCGGAAUCCAGUGCUUUAAAAAUGUCUUACGCCAGUCGAUUUGGCUUUCAUUUCCAUUUGCCGGACGAGGGAUGGUGCUAUCCCAAGGAUGAUAUGCAUUUCAUUCGCAGUGCCGAGUGGGUGCCCGUGGAGAGUGCCGGAGUGGGUCGCUCCUUUGCCAAUCCCAAUGGCGUAAUUUAUCCGCGCGUGGUGGGCAUGCUACCGCGCUACGGAGGCCAUGUUCCGGGCAAUAUUUUUCGCGUGGGCAACACCUACGGCCGGUCCACCAUUGACGCUAAGCGUCACUUGACCCUCAACCAUGAUUGAUCCACAAAUUCGUAGGUUACAUGAUCAAUUACAACCAGCAACUAGCAAAGUCAAAUUUUCUGUGUUAAGCUCAAAGAAGCACUAAAAAUAAAAAUUAUAUCUGCAUGAA